GGAGUUUUAAUUGUUUUAUGCUGAAUGAUAUAAAAUAUACACUUAAAUUGUUAUAAACAAUUGAUAUAGUUAAUGAAUGCUACUGAAAGCACAAGUUUAAUGGAUGCCCACGUUGACGAAUCUAGACCAGAGCGAGAAAAUGUGGACCGGUCUUCUAAAAGACGGAAACCUAAAUCUGCCGAUUAUGGUGCAAUAGGAGAUGUACCAGAUGUAUCUAUUCGAGAUGCUAGACUUUCAUCUCAAAAUGCAAAUAUUGAUCCAGGAGCUCCAGCACCUGGUCCUUCUGGUGAUAAUUGUGAGGAUGAAGAAGAGUUAAAAUAUGGUGCAAAACAUGUGAUUAAACUAUUUGUUCCUGUUUCUUUAUGUAUGCUUGUUGUCGUAGCUACAAUUAGUUCUGUAAAUUUUUAUACAACAAAAGAUAUGUAUUUAUUAUAUACACCAUUCCAUGAAAAUUCACCAGAAACUGGUACUAAAAUCUGGAAUGCAAUUGCAAACUCAAUGAUUUUGAUGUGUGUGAUUGCAGCUAUGACAUUUUUAUUAAUUAUGCUAUAUAAACAUCGAUGCUACAAGGUUAUACAUGGCUGGCUUAUACUUUCCUCUUUGAUGCUAUUAUUCAUCUUUGCUUAUUUAUAUCUUGAAGAAGUACUUCGGGCCUACAAUAUUCCAAUGGAUUAUAUUACAGCGGCAAUAUUUAUGUGGAAUUUUGGAGUUACUGGUAUGAUAGCUAUACAUUGGAAGAGUCCGCUAAGACUUCAGCAGGCUUAUCUUAUUUUUGUGGCGGCUUUAAUGGCUUUAGUUUUUAUCAAAUAUUUGCCUGAGUGGACAACUUGGGUUAUUUUAGCAGUCAUUUCUAUAUGGGAUUUAGUAGCUGUAUUGACACCAAAAGGACCAUUGCGCAUUCUGGUUGAAACAGCUCAAGAAAGAAAUGAACCUAUAUUUCCAGCUUUGAUUUAUUCCUCAACGGUUAUGUACAGUGUUCUAGGGACUGGAACUCCUGAGACUGCAAGACAACAUUCGGCCGAAGGUAUCAGUAUUCCACUCGAUACAUUUGCCGUCAAUGGUGAUGAAGCUGGAUUUAACAGAGAUUGGGUACUUAAUCAUGAAGAAAAUGCCAGGAGGAGGCAAUUAGAAGUGGUGCAAAGGGGUACAGCUGGACAUGUAACGCAAGCAUCCUCUGCUGGGCCUAACGAAGCUCCAGUUUUGCAACAGCCACCACCUAUCAGAAGGCAAAUGGAGGAUGAAGAAGAACGUGGUGUCAAACUUGGAUUGGGAGAUUUUAUAUUUUACAGUGUGCUUGUAGGUAAAGCGUCUUCAUAUGGAGACUGGAAUACGACAUUAGCUUGUUUCGUUGCAAUAUUAAUUGGACUGUGCUUGACUUUGCUACUUUUGGCAAUUUUUAAGAAAGCUUUGCCAGCAUUGCCUAUUUCUAUUACUUUUGGAUUAAUAUUUUGUUUUGCAACAAGAAUUAUUGUUCAACCAUUUGCAGACAGCCUAGCAAGUGAACAAGUAUUCAUAUAAUAAAUAUUUAGCUCAACUAUA